AAAAAAAACAUCAACAAAAAUAAUUAAAAAUAAUUUUUCUGCAAAAUAGCAAGUGUUUCUUUCUGUUAUUGCUUAAAAACAAUUAAAACAAACAACAACAAUACAAAUAAAUAUUAAAGCAAAACAACAACAGAAGAGUGUUCCAAAAAAAUUAAAAACAAAAUGUCCAAUAAUAAUAAUAAAGCGCAAAAAAUGAAGCAGAAGAUGCAAACACCACAACAGCAGCAGCAUCAGCAACAACAAAAUGUUGUUGCUGAAGAAGGCAACAAUAAAAAGGAAACAACUCAACAGCAGCAGCAGCAGCAAAGACAACAAAGAAACACAAAUAACGGACAAAAUGAACAACAACAACCGCAACACAGUGGAGCCAUACCAAAGACACAAAAUUUGCAAAAUCAAACUGGUAACCACAACAAAACUAAAAAUCAACAACCACAAAGCAGUGGUAACAACAAUAAUAAUAACAGACGUAAUAGUGUUAACAACAACAAUAAUAAACAAAACAAUAGAUCUUCUGUGACAUCCAAUAAUAAUAACAACAACAACCACAACAAUAAACAAAACAAUACUAACAAAAACCCCAAGAAACAAAACUCUGCUGAAACUCAACAAAAAACACAAAAUUCUAAAAACCAACAAAAAUCAACAUCAUAUCGCAAUUCAUCCCACAGUUAUGCCCAGACAUUGGGCAAUACCAGACAACAGCAGCAGCAACAAUCCAACUCCUCCAACAACGGUAACUCUAACAAUUACACUAACUCUUACAAUGACAACAAUCCCUUGCCCGGUGAAAAAUAUCGGGGAAACAAAACCUCACGCACCAAUUCAAAAUCCCCCACUGGUGCCACCUAUCAAAGAAAAAAUUCCCAGGACAGUAGUGGCAGCAAAUCAAAUGUUGGCCCUAUAUUGACUGCUGCUUUAACCAAAAAUUGUGCAAAAUGUCUGAAACCCACUGUUUCUGGCAAUGGAACUGAUGCUGCAACCUCUUACAUAGCUUUGGAACCGAUAAACAUGAACACUUACAAUGGCAACAAUAAUCCUAAACAAUAUCGCAAAUCUAAAUCGUUUUUUGCCUCGUCGCGUCACUCGUCUAGCGGUGAUUUGAGGAAUGGCGGUGGUGGUAACAGGUCCAAUCAACAACGUCCACGUCAGCAGUAUCAACGUUCGCAAAGUGAUCGUCAGAGUACAUUCGAGCGUCAGUUUGCCGAACGUAAUAAGGAUUUCGUGCCGAUAGAGCCGCCUGCCAGACCCAUAUUGGCCUCGUCAAAUAUCCAUUGUGUUAUAGUGGACUCGGAGAAGUUAUUGAUAUUGGAACGUUUGGGUAAAGGACGCACCACGUAUCCCAUUAUGCAGUGCGGGACACUAGACGCACCCGAUUCGUCAUAUCACAAACAAAGAUCCGACAGAAUGGACGUUUAUCAAAUUGACGAUGGUUUUCACUCAGACGGUGGCACCGAAACCCCACCACCAUCACCCAGUUCCGGCUCCUCGAUAGCCUCCACAUCAGAUCAUGGCUCGCUGGAGAGCGUUGAUACGGGCGGCACACAACGUUUGGCUGUACUGUCCUUCGAACAGGUACGCAAGCUGCACAAUGUAAUGGACGAGAAGGUGGCCAUACAUGGACGCGGUAAUUUCCCCACACUGGAGGUGACACUCAAGGACUUGGUGAAUUUGGUGAGGCGUAAGCUGGAGGCCGAUGUGAGUGCCGGUGGUGCCGGCGUGAUAGUCAAGGAUAUACGCUUGAACGGCGGAGCAGCUAGUCAUGUAUUGGCUUCAGAGGAUCAGCCUUAUAAUGAUCUGGAUUUAAUUUAUGCCAUUGAGCUGAGCUCACCACGUCACUUUGAUCGUGUCAAAACAGCGGUACUGAACACAUUGCUCGACCUGUUGCCCGAAGGUGUCUCCAAGCGUCGCAUAAUGCCGUGUGCGCUCAAGGAGGCAUACGUUGGCAAAAUGGUCAAGGUGAAUAAUAAUAACGAUGGCGAUCGCUGGUCGCUAAUAUCAUUGGGCAAUUCGCCCGGUCACAAAAAUGUCGAACUGAAAUUCGUCGAUAGCAUGCGGCGACAAUUUGAGUUUUCCGUCGAUUCCUUCCAAAUUGUUCUCGACUCGUUGCUGCUGUUCUACGACUGCGCAGCCUUGCCAAUAUCGGAGAACUUCUAUCCCACCGUCGUGGGCGAGUCCGUCUACGGCGACUUCCAAGAGGCCCUGUAUCACUUGCAAAAGAAACUGAUCUCAACGCGGCAACCCGAAGAGAUACGGGGCGGCGGUCUGCUCAAGUAUUGUAAUUUGCUGGUGCGCAACUACAAGCCAGUCGACAAUCAGCGCAUAAAAACCUUGGAGCGCUACAUGUGCUCCCGUUUCUUUAUCGAUUUUCCAGAUAUCAAUACCCAGACAGUGAAACUGGAAGCCUAUUUGCGAAAUCAUUUCUGGGGUGUGGACGAGGAACCCAUGCAGUACCAGUACCUGAUGCAUUUACGUGAGGUGGUGGAGAAUUCGACAGUAUGCCUGAUGGGCCACGAGAGACGGCAGACAUUGCUGUUGAUACAGUCGUUGGCCGCACAGGUGCUGUACAAGGAGCAGCAAAAGCAAGUCCAUGAACAGCAGCAGCAACACCAUCAGCAGCAUCAACAACAUCAGCAGCAGCAACAUCAUCAUCAUCACCAUCAGCAGCAACACCAACAGCAACAGUAUCAGCAGCAACAUCAACAUUUGGUUGAACAGCAUACAACCACAAUGACUAUGGUGAAUACAACGCCGUGUCAAACACCGCAGCAGCAACAACAGCAGCAGCAGCAACCUCACAAUACACACACCAUCUACUUACAACAGGUUCCACAAACGCCGCCACAAACAGCCACCAUCUGCUGUGCCAUGCCAGCCACAAACCCAGCUGAUCAGACUCAGCAAACACAACAAUCGCAACAGCAGCAGCAGCAGACACAACAACAAUCACAAUCACAGCAGCAGCAGCAAACGGUUCCUCAAACGGCUCAGGCCUCAACGGUACCACAAACAAUACAAAUACAAGCCGGACCACCUGGCUUGAUUUACGCCAAUGGCGUCUACUAUGCACCUGUGAUUCCCACAACAAUUUGCACCUGCAACUCCACAUGGCUGAGCACGUGAUUAACAACCGUCUCACC